GCUCACCUCUCAUCAGCAGCGCUCCCAGGAAGCGCUCUUUUCUUCGCACAGUUUGAUGCUUCUCUUCGGCAGCUGCGCCAAGCUUUGAAAUACAUUGCUUUAUAAAACCAUUGUUUUCUUUUUGUUUUUGUUUUGUUUUUUGAAGCCGUAUUUUUGAUUCCGAGGACUAUCUGAGUUGGCUAUUUUGAAAUUUAAAAAAAAAAGUUUGUUUGGGGACAAAGUCCUUUGAAGCUGGAGAUGACUUCGGGAGGUUUGGAGCUCAGUGAGGGCCUGGGGCAAGACAUAAACCAGGAGGAAUUGGACUUUUCUGACCUGUUUCUAUACAACACAGCGGGAGAUGAGUUUACUGUUGGCUGCACUAAAGGUGACCCAAAUGCUGUACCCCAGAACAACAGCCACCCUGCUCUGGUUGGGAUUAAUUCGAAUGAUCCCUACAUGUCAACUUCUGCUCAGCCAGUGACCAGCCAGAACACCUCCACCUACAGUCCCAACACAGACAACCUGCAAAGGGCUGUGCUUGACCCCCAAAUGUUGUUAUCCAGAGCAAACACCAUCCCUGCCCCCAGUCCCAGGAUUGAGAUCACUCCUUCAGGGGACUCCUUAAGCUCUCAAACAAUCGAGCCCAGCCCUGGCUCCAAGUCUUUGGGAGCCUACAGGGAGUGUGUCAGCCCUGCGAGUAGUAACUCCUCUACAGGCUGGCAAGCAGAUAUAUACUCCCCCAUUACAUCUCCAUGUGUCACCCCUCCUCAUGGAGGAAGCUAUGGAGCCUCACUGCCCGCCCUGGAUCUCUGUCCCAGCAUGCAGAACAUCAACACUUCUUCUGCGCACUCCUCUCCUGGUACAUCACCUCGUAACAGCGUCACAGACGAGACCUUUCUCCAGCCUCAUCUCCACAGCACUGCCUCGCCGCUCCCUCACAGGCGCUCACGCUCCACCUCACCCCAAGGAAAGCGCUGUCUGCAGCAGGCAGGCUCCUGUCAGGAAGGCACGCCCGUAAAGCAGCGCUCCAGGAGCCCCAGCCCUAUCCCAGUGCCCCAUGAGCACCAAUACCAACACUACUUGUACCAAAACCAGGCCCAAACUGAGUUUCAGCCUCAAGCUCAGACUUCAGUGCCAGGCCUGGAGGAGGUGUUAAGCAGCCUUAGCUCCAGUCUGCCCAGAGCAGUGCCUCAUGCUGUGGGGAGGGGAGCUCAGCCACAGGCUCAGAGGCAGGACCGUGCAUAUGGAGAGACGUAUGAAUGGACUUUAGAGCAGGAGACUGCUUGUAGAGUUGGACACGAGGUCAAAUCUGAGACCAUAUACAUGCUUCCAGCUAGGUGGUCUCCAACUCAACAAGGGCAUCAUGCUGGAAGGUCCACAUUCAGUGGCUUUUCUGUGACUCCACUUCCCUCCUUGGAGUGGACAUUGCCCAGUCAGUCCGGCCAGUAUGAGCUGCUGAUCCAACAACAGCCCAGGUCCCACCACAGAGCUCACUAUGAGACUGAGGGCAGCCGAGGAGCCGUCAAGACCCCCAGUGGAGGGCAUCCCGAAAUUCAGCUGCUCGGCUACCAAGGCACGACUCCACUGGGGCUGCAGGUCUUCAUUGGAACGGCAGAUGAGAGGCUCCUAAAACCCCACGCUUUCUACCAGGUCCACCGCAUCACAGGGAAAACCGUCACCACGCCCAGCUUCGAGACGAUGAUCAAUGGGACUAAAGUGUUGGAGAUUCCUUUGGAACCACAGAACCACAUGAGAGUGUUGAUCGACUGUGUUGGAAUCUUGAAGCUCAGAAACGCAGACAUCGAACUAAGGAACGGCGAGACAGACAUCGGACGAAAGAACACUCGAGUCCGGUUGGUGUUUCGUGUCCACAUUCCUCAACAUGGAGGUCAGCCCGUGUCUCUUCAAGUGGCUUCCAAUCCCAUCGAAUGCUCCCAGCGCUCAGCUCAGGAGCUUCCUGCAGUGGAGAGGCAGGACCUGGACCGAUGCUCUGUGCUUGGGGGUCAGCAAAUGGUCCUAACUGGACAGAAUUUUACGUCUGACUCCAAGGUGAUAUUUUCAGAGAAGACUCAAGAUGGACUACAAAUCUGGGAGGUGGAGGCCACAGUGGACAGAGAUAAAACCCAGGCUAACAUGCUGUUUGUUGAAAUCCCUCCAUAUCGAGAUCGGACGAUUUGCCAGCCAGCUAAAGUCAACUUCUACGUCAUAAAUGGAAAGAAGAAACGCAGCCAGCCUCAGCACUUCAUCUACACGCCUGUGAUAGCCAUAAAAUCAGAGCCACUGGAUGACUAUCAUCUGAAUUCAUACAGCUACUCUGACAGUCAGCCCGUGUCUGCCAUGUCUAUGAGAUCCCUCUAUCAUCACCUGGAGCAGGACAUCAACCCUCAAGCCUUAACGCUGUACCAUCUAGCCACUGUGGACCCACGAGCCCAAAUAGUAACCACUGAUCCUCUGGAGGAGCCAGCCUAUUACCAGUCCAGAGGGGGCUCUCUGCUCAGCAGCCCAGUGAUGUACCACACUCCAAACCAGCAUUACACCAACUGUGGUCCAGCCGUUCUGUCCCAUUCCGCCCUCUCUCCCAGCCAGUGUAUGGGUGUCAGAACCCCAGUGUCCACCAAGCUGGGUGACGGUCCAAAGGUCUGUGAUUCGUUUGAGGCUUGUUACAUGUCAAGGCAGCAGGGCUAUGUGCAGACGUCGCUGCCACUGGGAAAGUCUCCACCUUCCAAAUACACGCAAGUGAAACCUGGAAGCAACACAGAGUCCAUCGGCCAUCAUGUGGUCCAGAUCAAGUCCUCUCGAGAAAACUGUGAUGAUGAGAGAGUUCCAGAGAGGGUCAAGGUCAAGCAGGAGAACCUCAGCUAUGCCUACCUAGAGGAUGUAAAUGAUAUCAUAAGAAGAGACAUGAAGGGCCACAAUGGAGAGUAAUCCUGCAGCACUUCCGUAUCUCUGACUAUAUAUAUUGUAAAUGUCAGACUUGGUUCAUUUUGUUGGUGAGAUUUUUAGAAACCAUCUGUUCAAUCUGUUGUGAUUUUUUUAAAUUUGUGUUUGCAUCGUGUGUGUAGGGCUACAGGAAGCGUCUUGGUCUAAACUCUUGUUUGCAGCUGAAAUCUUCUACAUAAAAAAUAGAAAACAGCCCACAUUUGUUGUUUUUAACAAAACAACAUUUUUUUAAGAAAAAUAUAAAUGUCUACACAUUCUCUACAGCAUAUUGUAUCUAUUGUCCUUUUUAUAUCAUUUUAUAUUCUCUUUGUUUAUAUAUUUGUACAAUCGUUCUCUGUAAGCAUGUGUAUUUUAUAUCUAAUAAAUGUCUCUUGAAAAUA